AUGGCCGCCUUUGCCAACGCGCCCCUCCAGUAUGCGAGCCAGCAGCACGCCAGCCAGGCCCCGCCCUCCCUCGAGCAGCAGGCGCUCGCGGCCGGCGUGGUGCCGCUGCUGCCGAUGAUACCGGGCAUGUCAGCGCCGUUCCCGGCCAUGCUCGCCCCCCAGCUCAGCGCCGGCGCAAGCCCGGAGCAGCAGGCCGCCGCGGCGGCGAUGGCGGCGGCGGCAGCAGCAAUGUAUGCGACGCCGAUGGCGGGGCUAGCGCUCAUGCCGCCGGCGAUGCUGCCACCAGCGCUGCUGCAGCCAGGAGCGGUGGGGGCCGCGCACGGCGGCGGCAGCAGCGGGGCCGCGGGCGGCGGGGGCGGCGGGGCCGGCGGCAUGAGCCACCAGGAGCAGGUGGCGGUGACGGCGGCGACGGCGGCGGCGAACGCGGCGGCUGCGGCGGCGGCGAUGAUGGCGGGGUCGGCGUCACCCGAGGCGGUGGCGGGCGCGAUGGAGGUGACGCAGCAACUGCUGCAGCGCCAGCUGGAAUACGUGCAGUCGCAAAUGGAUCGCAUCCGCAGUAGCCAGGCGACCGCCGCGGCCGCAGCCGCGGCCGCCGCGGCAGGCGCGAGCGGCGGCACGGGGGAGGCCGCGGCCGCGGCUCCGGCGCCUGCGCCAGCCGCCGCGGCUUCUGGGAGCGCUGAGGGGACGGCCCCGGCGCCUGCGCCAGCCGCCGCGGCUUCUGGGAGCGCUGAGGGGACGGCCGCGCGCGAGGUGGCUGCCGCGCAAGAGCCGCAGCGAGGGCAGGAGCAGCAGCAGCAGCAGCAGCAGGAGCUGCAGGCUCAGCCGCCCCAAGGGGAACCUGAGCCGCAGCUGCUGGACGGCGGGGCCCCAGAUAGUGACACGCAGGCCGCGGAGCUGAGGCGGCGGCGGCUGGCGCGCUUCGGGUCUGGCGGCGACCCCACAGCAAACCUGUGA